UUUGGCGCAAAAGCACCAAAAUUCGCUCUCACGAUCUCAAACCGGAUCAGAAUCAAACGGCCAAGAGGAGAGAGGGGAAGUUCACGAUCUCUGAGUCUCAGCUUCUCAGAUGCUAGGGUUUAAGAGGGUUGCAGUGCAGAAGAGAGAGGGUUCCUUUUGUUCUAAUUUCCAAUCCUAUUUCAAGGCUUAGACCACCUGCACAAGCACAACCUCCGCGACGUCGUUCACCUUCUCCAACUCGCUCGGUUCAAAGCCACAUAAAGGCCAUGCUGAAAUUUGCAAAGCUUCUUCACUGUAAAGGUUUUCACAUAACCUUUGUCAACACUGAGUUCAACCACCAACGCUUUCUGAAAUCUGGAGGCCCCAAGUCCUUAGAUGGCUUGCCUGACUUUCAAUUCAAAACCAUUCCAGACGGCCUUCCUCCAUCUGAUUCCAAUGCUACCCAAGACAUUGAUGCUCUUAGCGAAUCCAUUAUGGAAAACUUAUUGGCUCCAUUUUCAGACAUACUCGUCAAACUCAACACUGCAACUUCAAACAAUCUUCCAGUGACUUGCAUUAUCGCAGAUGGUUUCCUGGCAUUCACUCACAUUGCUGCUCGAGAACUUGGAAUCCCUAUUGUAAUGCUCUUCACGGUCUCUGCUUGCAGCUUAAUGGGUUUUAUGCAGUUUCCUCGUCUCAGGGACAAAGGCCUCACACCCCUUAAAGAUGAGAGUUAUCUGACAAAUGGGUAUCUAGACACAGUUCUAGACUGGAUUCCAGGUAUGAGAGACAUCCGAUUGAGGGAUCUCCCAAGUUAUGUUCGUACUACAGAUCCAAAUGACCCUGUCUUCAAAGCGACUAUUGAAGCAGUAGAGAGAGCUCCUGCAGCUGCAGGAAUUGUUGUUCACUCAUUUGAUGCGUUAGAGCAGGAAGUUUUGAAUGCUCUCUCCUCCAUGUUGCCUCGUGUAUAUGCCAUUGGCCCUCAGCAACUACUACUCAAUCACGCACCCAAUGACCCUCUGAAAUCAACAGGGUAUAGUUUAUGGAAAGAAGAAACUGACUGUCUUAAUUGGCUUAACUCUAAGGCACCUAACUCAGUGAUUUAUGUGAACUUUGGCAGCAUUACUGUUAUGACACCACAGCAGCUGGUUGAGUUUGGUUGGGGACUUGCAAAAAGCAAGUUCAUGUUUCUGUGGAUAAUUAGGCCUGAUUUAGUUGCUGGUGAUUCAUCGAUUUUGCCACCUGAGUUAUUGGAAGAAACUAAAGGAAGAGGACUAAUAGCUAGUUGGUGCCCUCAAGAGGAGGUGCUGAACCACUCCUCCAUUGGAGGGUUCUUAACUCACUGCGGGUGGAAUUCAACUAUGGAAAGUUUGUGUGCUGGAGUGCCAAUGCUUUGUUGUCCAUUCUUCGCGGAUCAGCAAACAAACUGCAAGUAUGCUUGCAAUGAAUGGGGCAUUGGCAUGGAGAUUGAUAAUGGUGCCAAGAGAGGGGAAGUGGAGAAGAUUGUGAGAGAGUUGAUGGAAGGAAACAGGGGUAAGAAAAUGAAGAAAAAGGUCAUGGAGUGGAAAAAACUGGCCGAAGAGGCCACUGGUCCACAUGGGUCUUCAUCCAUCAACUUAGACAAGUUGGUGAAUGAAGUGCUUUUAUCAAAAGGAUAGAUGUUUUAGAAGAAUGUGACAAUAAUGAAAAAUUUGGGUUUACUCGGUUACCAAUAGAAAGUUUUCUUGGUGCA